AUGUCUUCCGUGACACGGUCUGCGUCUUCAGCAAAGAGCAUACCACGUCCAUCUGCAAGCAUAAUUCUCAUCAACUCAGCAAAUGAGGUCCUUUUGGUCCAGCGCAACAAAACCCACUCUUUCGGAGGGAUGCAUGUAUUCCCGGGUGGGAACUAUGACGCUAAGCAAGACGAAUCUUACGAGAUGACUGCCAUUCGAGAAACCUUCGAAGAAACGGGCGUCCUGCUUGCUUCGGCAUCCGCAUCGUCACCCACCCAUUUUCGUCUGACUAACGAGGAGAUGGAGAGGGUGCGCGAAGAGAUUCAUUCCGGACGAUUGUUGUUCAAGGACUUCCUGCACAAGCACGGUUUAACACCAGACGUAAGCUCACUCUUGCCGUUUACGCAGUGGGUCACUCCUCCACCCGUCCUCCGUCGCUUCCACGCCUACUUCUUCGUCUAUUUCCUACUUCGAACCUCUCCGUCAUCAAUCAUCCCGGCCUCGGACUCUGCUGGCUUACUCACCCAAGGGCAAAUACAACACCGACGCCCCACCCCCGAUGGCGCCCACGAAAUCAUCUCCUGCACCUUCUCCCACCCUCUCUCCAUUCUCUCCCAACACCGAUCCGGAAAGUUGCCAAUGAUGCCUCCUCAGUUCUACCUACUUUCCACUCUCGCUUCAGCCAUUCACGGCCGUGCGACUACACCUUACCAAAUCUCCCGAGUCCGCGAGUUAUCAGCAGGUCAUUUUGGGAGGAUGGUCAUUCAUCCGGGGCCGCAUCCUGGCGGGAGAGUGGAAGACCAAGAUGGCAGGACGGUCUUGACGUUCGAAGGCGAUGAGACGCGGGGCGGGAGUACAGGGAGGCUGCACAGAGCGCUAGUGAAGUUCGAUAACCGCGGGGUACCUCUGGAAAUUUCGCUGCUCCGGAACUGGGAUAUUUUUGCAGAGGUGGAGAUCGAGGCUUUUGUUGCGGACCCUGCAAACGUGCAAUCGAAGUUGUAG